AUGAGAAUUGAAAAAUGUUAUUUUUGCUCUGGUCCCAUCUACCCAGGCCAUGGAAUAGUCUUUGUUAGAAAUGAUAGCAAAAUGUUUAGAUUUUGCAGAUCUAAAUGCCAUAGACACUUUAAAGCUUAACACAACCCUAGAAAAACAAGAUGGACUAAAGCAUUUAGAAAAGCAGCCGGAAAAGAGAUGACUAACGAUAGCAUCUUUGAGUUUGAGCAAAAGCGAAAUGAACCCUUAAAAUAUAACAGAGAUUUAUAUAUCAACACUGUUUAAGCCAUGAAAAAAAUAGAUAAAAUCAGAUUAAAAAGAGAAAACAAUUUUUGGAAAAAUAGAUUAAGAGCAUAAAGGAAGUAGAAUCUUGAUAAUGUAGAGACAGAAUUGGCAAAGAAUAUUAAUUUAGUAUCAGAUAAGUCUGUUAAAGAAGUAAUCAAAUAAAAAGCCAUCUAAAAAGCAUAGCUUAAGGCAUAAAAGUAAAAGAAACAAUAAAAGAAAGAUAUGGUCGAAGAGGAAGCUUGA